UCCUUUGUUUCAACUCCUCCUAACUCUCUCACUCUGAUCUUGAUCAAUCAAUGAAGAUCCUCUGCGACGUAUGCAACCAAGGCGAGGCCACGGUGUACUGCACCGCCGACGAGGCCUCCCUCUGUUCCUCCUGCGACCACCGCGUCCACCACGCCAACAAGCUCGCCGGCAAACACCGCCGCUUCUCCCUCCUCCACCCCCACUCCCCCCUCUGCGACAUCUGCCAGGAAAGAAGCGCGUUUGUGUUUUGCAAGGAGGAUAGAGCGAUUCUUUGCAGGGAAUGCGACAUCCCAAUCCACAAAGCCAACCACCACACGCACAAUCACACCAGAUUCCUCCUCACCGGCGUCCGCCUCUCCGCUUCUCCGGCGGAAUCACCACCACCACCUCCCCCGCCCGCCCAGGAUACCAACAAUCUCCACUUCUCAACGAGUAGCAUUUCCGAGUACUUGAUCGAGACGCUGCCAGGCUGGCACGUCGAGGACCUUCUAGAUUCUUCCACCCCUUCCUCCUCCGCCGCCGAUUGCAAGAGUGGGGAGAGUGAUUUGAUGCUGCCGUUUUGGGACGUUGAUCUGCAAUUUCAAGAUCAAUCAUUUCUAGUGAAUAAUUUUGGAUUUGGAUUGGGGAAUGGAAAUGGGAGCAAAGAUGAGUUGAAAUCCAGCAGAAAAAGAAGAGACGACAACUCUUUCGCAGUUCCACAGAUCAGCCCUUCCUCCGGCGCCGUCUUCAACAAGAGAUCCAAAACGUUUUGGUAGAACCAAAAAAUCCAAUCUUUUUCACAGCCCAUUGCCGGAAAAUCAGAGAUCUGAAUUCCCUUUUUGUAAUUUUGUUUUUCUUUGUCAGAUUUUUGGAGUGUAGUAAAUAUCUUGUUGCAUUUAAUGAGAAGACCUGCUACUGAUAUCACAA